AUGUUUUUCUCCUUGCUGCUGAUUCUUGCCAGUUGGGGUGUCUUCGGUUCUGUUUCGGGGUCACCUGCAGUGGAGGAAGCGUACAGGGAUGUGCUCAGCAUCGUGUCUCCAGGACAGCAGUAUCUGAACAGGGAGUCCCUCGGCUCCGUCUUUAAUACACUGGAGAAACGUGUGCAGUGUGGUGAAGUGUCGUGUGAAAAGUGUGAUCUAACAGAUGCGUUUCACCAGCUGAUCAGCGAUCACUCCACCCAUGGGGAGGAUAAAACUGUAAAAGGCAGAACAAGUGUAUCCAUCAGUGUGUCUCAGUUCACUUCUCUCGCUGCUGGAUGCGUCCUGUACCUCUCGUCUCCUGGCCUGGUCUGCAGCGCAGUGAGGCAGGGGACAUGGGGACAGGAGGCCCAACAUUUCCUGCGUAAAAUCACACAUCAGGAUCACCAUGAGCGCCGGUAUGAAGAGAGCGAGCAGCAGCAGGACCGUGAACACGUGCACAUAGAUGUUCAUGAGUUGCAAAUGCUGCUUCAAGAGCUUCACGAACACUAUGAGCCCUCAGACAGAGAGAGCUGUGUAACAGCCGGUGACAUCACGACAGAGGUCAACGCGUCAUCACCAGACCAGAGACAGGAAGUGGGUGCAGUUUUGGGCCGCGUCCUGUAUCACGCCUUGCAAGGUCACUGCUUCAUUAGCCGGUCCCUGCCUGAGGAGAGCUUCUUCCUGGACUACAUCAUGGACCGUCUGGGGUCGGAGAACUUCACUGUCGGAGAUUUGGAGGCCCUCAUGAGGAGUCUGAACCUUGGAAAUGACUACACACAGGAGCACGAACACCAGAAAGACCAACACGCCGAUCACGAUCACAGUGGUUUAAGACGGAGGAAGAGGAUCAGCCAUGAACAUCACGAGAGGCUUGAAGGAAACGGCACCUGGAAUCGGUUCUGCGCCUCAGCUGAGGAGCUGGUCCUGAUCUACCGUCUGGCGGACAACAGCUCGGUCUCCUCUGGCCUGAGUCGGACAGACUUGGCUCGGCUCAGCCCUGCACUCGUCCAGCAGAUCCUGAGCGGAGCGUGUGCAGACAUCACAGAACCACUGACAGGGGAUAGGCUCACCAAGACUGAGCAAUACGUUUAUGCAACCAUUGCCAACAUGGUGAUAACACUGACGUCAAUGUUUGGCAUUGUGGUGCUGCUCUGUACCGCCUGCACCAGUGUGUUCCAGCUUUGUAUCCAGUUUUGCAUCAGCCUGGCAGUAGGUUCACUGACUGGAGAUGCCUUACUGCAUCUGUUACCCAUGUUUUUAGGUUUACAUGUGCACUCAGACGAAAACGACAGCCACAAGCACUCACAUGAUGCUCAGGAAGAAAUUCCAGACUACAUUUACAAGAUGUUGGUGCUGAUUGGCGGUAUCUACUACUUUUAUCUGAUGGAAACGAUCUUCUCUCUGGUCAUGUAUAAAGAGAAUCACCACCAUCAUCAACAUCAUCAUGGGGAAGAAUCAGAGCCUCACCAUUGUGACCAUGGGAUGGUUUUAGAGAUGUAUCAACAGGAGAGGAAACAAAAAGACAAGUCCCAGUCAGCAUCAAGAGCUGAGCUAUUUCAGGUUGGCGAUCAAGACGAUGAGAAAUCUCUUUCAGGGCCAAAAGAGCGCACCAGAGAACAGCGUCUGCUGCCUUAUAUGAUAACUAUCGGUGACAGCAUCCACAACUUUGCAGACGGCUUAGCAAUGGGCGCAGCUUUCUCCCUGUCAUGGAAGUCUGGUCUGGCCACGUCUCUAGCUGUCCUCUGCCAUGAACUACCACAUGAACUGGGUGAUUUUGCCAUUUUGCUCCACAGCGGUGUGUCCGUCCGCAAGGCGUUGCUUCUGAACGUUGGCAGUGCCAUGACCUCGUUCAUCGGCCUGUACAUCGCUCUGUCUGUCGCCACUGACCCCAUCACCAAACAAUGGAUAGCUGCCAUUACCGCAGGACUCUUCCUGUACGUGGGGCUGGCUGACAUGCUCCCCACCAUGGUCCACAUCAGCAACGAGAAACCCUGGCUGAUGUUUCUGCUGCAGAACAUCGGCCUUCUGACCGGCUGGGGUAUACUGUUGGUGCUGUCACUUUAUGAAGAGAGGAUCAGCUUUUAA